UGAGUCAGGUGCUUCCUAGGUGAAGGUCGUUCGAAGUGGGAAGGAGGAAAACGGAAAACGACUUCUAAGUAGACGGGCGUUGGAAAAACUGUCCCUAUGAAAUGGGGUGCUGUUUCAGCAGCGACGAGGAAAAGGAUUAUUUGAAUUCUGAAGCUAAUGAAACUUCUAGACUUCUGGGAGAUCCAGUCAGUAACAAUCCAACCCCACAAACACAGAUUGGUGAUGGAUACAAUUCAACUGCGCAGCAACAAUCCCAGAAAGGGGAUGAACAGUCCGCAUUGGAAAGGAUACUCCACAACACUGCCAGAAAUGUGAUAGAUGUUGGUGCUAUUGAUGGACAGACCGUAGAAAACCAGGAAUACCAUGAUCGGUCACAACAAUACAAUGGUCGACUGAAUGUGAAGCUGGGUUCGUCAGGCAGAGGUCGUAACUAUAGAAACCUGCUACCAAACUGUACAGCGAACCCACAAGUAACACUGUCUCAGCCUCCUGUUUCCUUUGGUGAUGUGCAAAUGGUUAUAAGCGUAGCAGACAGACUUGGUAAAGCCGUAAAAGAAGUCAAAGUGGAGCACAAAGAGGACCUGGUCGUACCGUUUGGAGUCCCCUGAUACCACAACAGCACUUCUAGUUUAUAAUAUCAAUUUACAUGACAUACAUUGUACAUACACCUACAGACAACUGGAUAAUAUCUAAUAUUGACAACCAGGAGCUGUCCUACAGUUACUUCCCUUUAAUCAAUUGUGUGGCUUGAAACCAAGCAAGUUGGAAAUCCACUGAGGCUUCAACUCCUGGAAGCUUCUGAUUUCAAUUUAAGUAUUUGAUCUGAAAGCAGGUCUUCCAAAAACGGAUAUCACUUGUUUUAAUUUUGAUGAAAGUGCUAUACAGAAACUGUAAGGAAUCUUGAAUUCUUUUCAUGUCACGAACCCCGAAAAUUUAAUUAAUAUCAGAUUUAGCAGAAUCUUUCCUGAACUAUUUAUCCAGUUUUGGUAAUUUUUUUGAAAAUGAACAUAAUAAGGAGUAUUAUUCUUACAUUUUGGGUAGCCAUGGAAAAAAACGGAAAUCAUUUUGACCAUUGUUUUUCUUUCAACACCAACAAGAAUAAGUGAGUGUUUGAUGUAGAGAUAAUGUGCAUCUAACUACCCAAAACUUAGCUAUGGAAGUGCCUACAGUCCAGUAUCUUUUUAAAUUUUUCAAAACUUUUGACAGUUUUCAUUUGCGAAUGAGGUAUGGAUAAACAUUAAUUCAAUAAGAGCUAUUUUUCACCGAGUUAAAAAAAAAAAAAUAAUCUAUUCACUAGUCAAAACACAGAUUGGAAAGUUCAAAAGGAAGACUACUGAUAUCUGUUCUGAUUCAGUCGAAACAAGGACAAGUUUUGAAGAAAUUGUGUUACAUUAUUGAAAUAAACUGUAUUAUUUAUUAGCAUGACCAUGUUACCCCAGCAAGAGUUUCAAUGUAUUAUGGAGCAUUGGGGUAAAUGACACUAUCGGAAGCAACAACACAGGUGUCUUAAUAAAAUGUCACUAAAAAUCAUGUGAUGUCAUCCAUAUGCCAGAUUGAUGAAAUUACUUUAAUACUGGUUCCCUAUGAAGUUUUUUUUUUCAAAAGAAAAGAUGUUCUGAGUUUCAAAAUAUGUUUAUGAAUAUUUAAUGGUUUCUUAUUGAAUACAUAUAUUUCAUGUUAAGUGGCGGAGUACUACAAUAUUUUCACACAAUGCAUUGCAUUCAUGAAAAUGUUGGUACUCUACUUUUUUUGUGAAAUAUAUAUAUAUCAUUCCACAGUUUAUUAUCAAGUACCUUUUAUUUGAUAAUAUUUGCUUCUCAUUUCCACUAGCUGAGAUGUUAUUGGAGGUUAUUUUAUAUCUGGAUUGAAGCAGCACAUAUAGAACCGUAAUCAUUCUGAAAGGAUGAAAAGAAGGUUUAAAGAGAUAUAACAACAAAUGAGAUGGUUGAUACUGUACAGUCAUUGUGGGUCUAGAUCUAGACUUUCUCAUUGUUAUUUCUUAAGCUUGCAAUAAUAUUGAUAUACUGCUCUGACAAUUAAUGAUAAUUUCAAUUAAUAUUGAGUUUCAUACACAGCUUUAAGUUUGUAAAAUGUUUUCCCUCUGCAUGAAAAGUUUGGGUAGUGUACAAUUUGCAGUUUUAAGAUUGUCAUGAUAUUUGAUUUUGGUCCCCAAUCAAAAUACUAUGUACUAUGUGGUGUGUACCAUUGUAUAAAGUAUUGAGAUAAUGCUCGUGCUAAUUUCUGGAGUGAAACAUAGGAGAGUAAUUAGAAUGAUAGAUAAAAGAAUGGGUAUGUAGUAUUACUGGCAACAGUUGUGUGUUGAAUUUAAUUUGCAGAUUUAUCCUACUGUUAAAAUAACAGUGCCACAAAAAUGAAUGUAUAUAUGAUAGUCUAAUUCUGUCAUGUGUCUUAGCUUAGUUUAAAUUUUGUGCCUGUUUUGCCUAUUUAUAGAAACCACUUAAAUUUUUUUAGAUUCAUAUUCUUUAUAUUCAUAUUCUUUAUAAAUGAUAGGAGCCACCCUUUAACCACUGUAGACCAUAAAUGGACCCUUCCAAAUUAAUGCACGGUAGAGUUCACUCAAGUUACAUAGGGGUGAAAGGGUUAAGGUUAGAUAGAUUUAGAUAAAGUCAAACUUCUUAAUGUGAUUUGUUAACAUGGAAACUGUGUAACCUAAGUUGUAAGCAUGUUUGAAGGUCAUUUGUUCAUUACUUUUAGUCUGUUUACUCCAAUACCUAGUCUUUUGAAAUGUUUCGCAGAUCUAGUCACCUCUGCAGGAUAAAAUUCCGCUGUUAGUGAUUUUAUGUUACCUUCUAACAUGGGUCCAAUUUCAAUUGUGUAAGAAAGAAAAUACAAGAUUUUUUUUUUUUUUUUUGUAUUCAUUGUUAUAUGGUUAUCUCAAAAUGAAUAGAAAAAAACUAUGCCUGUAGUGUUCUUGAAAAAAAUGAAAUAAGUUGUUUUAAAGAAUUUAACCAUUUUGAACACAUGAUACCAUGCUGUAGUAUACAGCUACAUAAAGGUUGUUGCAGUUUGAUAUAUUGAAAAUAAAAUAAGAUAUAUAUACAAUUUGUAUUACAUAAAACCGUUUUCUAAAUUGAUGAGAAAGUUACAAGGAGCAAUUUUGUUAAGGUAUUUUUUUUUUUUAUAAAUUGUCCCCCCCCCCACAAAAAGGUUUAUUAAUUAUGUGUGUGUCUGUGAAAUAUGAGGAUUGUACAUACAGUUAAGAGUGCAGUGCUUGAGAUUAUUGUAUAUAGUUGUAUUUAUGGCUGACUACUGACUUCCACUGGAGUCUGCGCCAACAUUAAUCACAAAUAUUACUGGACAAGGUGCUCUGUGUGAUAACAUUACUGGGCUUUGCCCUUAGUUCUGUUUUAGCAUGAAAGCUAAGUAAAAUAAUUUCAACAUUCUUCUGAAUUGAUUUGCACGUAAUUAAUGUACACCAAUCAAGGUGUCUGAAAACGAAGCUAAAUAAACGGUUUACAGGCAUGUAUUUUUGUGUGUUUACAGUGCCAGACUGUUUGCAUAUAAUGUCUAUGAAAAUCUUAAAAUCAAACAAAUUUUAGCUUUGUUCUGUCACUGUAAACAAAAGUUGCAAUUGGUAGCAGAACAAAGUAAGGAAACGAGUUUGUAACUCUUAACAGAAAUAUGGUUUUUAGACACCAAAUUGCAAUUUCGCGAUUCAGCUAUAAGUGCUACAAUGUUGUACGCUACAACUUAAUUAAUUAUAAAGCUGUGUUAAUUUGCAUAGCUUGGUAGACCUAUAUUAAUCAUUAUGUAAGGAGGUGCAGUAGUCUUGUGGUAGGACGCGGGGCUGGUGACUGAAGGGUUGCGGGUUCGAGUUGCAUUACGGCACUGUGUUGUAUCUUUGAGCAAGAUAUACUUUACUCCGCUUGUUCCAGUCUACUCAGCUAAAAAUGAGUAUGUGGGUUGGGCAGUGCUAGAAUUGGUGAAUGCUAGCUGUGCACAAGCCCCGAAAUGGCAGCACCGGCUGUAUGCUCCCGAGGGAGCUGAACAAGAUAUUGGCUGGUUGCAAAGGCCCUAUAACCACAGAUAAUGAUUUGUGAACCGCUUUGAGACGACCUACCUAUACAAACUAGGUUGUGAUAAAGCGGUAUAUAAGAACCUCAAAUUAUUAUUAAUAUUAAUUAUUUUAUUUAUGCAAUGUCGUCAGUUUCCUUUGCCUUGUGCACGUAUGUACUACUCACCAUGAUACUGUAUGCAUUUAUUAUCAUUCCUGUCUGUGAUAUAGCUAAUUAAGUACAUUCUGCACGUCUGAGAUAUGGAUGAACUUGUUUGACAAUAGAAUGAAAUAUGCUUUAAAGCUGUUUAUAGGCUCCUAUAAUGUUUCUACAUAUGCUUUACCAUUCAGUUGAAAAUUUGAAGUGAUUGAAUGUGCCAAAACUCUUUUCAAUCUGAACUUCAAUAAUUGGUUGACUUUGGAAUUUGAUCAAUGGAUCAAUAAUUCUUGAAGCCCCAAAAACACCUCUGGAUCCGCCACUGAUUGCAUAUAUAUUGUCAUCACAUGUACAUUUUAUUUAAGGAUAUAUUUGAUUUCAUUCAUACUUCUAUCCUGACAUUUAGAGGUUUCUUCGAGCACAUUCAACUUAAUUGCCACUAAAAUGGAACAGUGGAUGCUGGAUGGUUUAGUUUUUUUUUCAUCUCGAAAUGCCAUAGAAAAUUAAUAGUGUAUCAUGCAUUCAAGGAAAUCAAAUAAAAAAAAGUUCCAACGUUUUAUUAAACAAAGAAAGCAUCAACAUUGUAUAUUUGCAGGCGUAUUAAUUAGGUAGGCUGAUGAUGUUGGACUGUUGUGGUGUCCACGCGUUUCGGGCGAAUUCAGCAGUAUCAUUGGUUUGUGUCGGCCUGAUACUUGCAUUGUAUGGUGCUAAUUACAACUGUGGAGGCAAGGAAAACAGCACUUUGUAUCAAAAACCAUAGAAAGUGAGGAAUGACGACAGAAAGAUGUUUGAGAGUGAAUCGAGAUGAAUGUGUUGUAAUGCAAGCGAUUUUGUCUAUGAUGAUGACGAAGAAGAAAGAAAAUGACAGAUACAUUUUAUUUAUAUGCAAUUAAAUAAAUAAAUGCAAAUGUAUUGAAAACUAAA